AAGCUCUUGCGUUUCCGGCCAGCUCAGCGCGUCAGCCCUGUGGUGUUGUCAGUUUACAGUCUGUCAAACACUGGUUACCAGUUACCUGUAAGGUUUCAGCGGGCGGCGGAGACACACCGGGACAUCGCGGAGAGAUGGUGCUGCUGACGAUGAUCGCUCGGCUGGCUGACGGGCUGCCGUUAGCCGCCUCAAUGCAGGAGGACGAGCAGUUGGGUCGGGACCUUCAGCAGUAUCAGAGUCAAGCGAAGCAGCUCUUCAGGAAACUCAAUGAUCAGAGUCCCACACGCUGCACUUUAGAGGCCGGCUCCAUGUCAUUUCACUAUGUUAUAGAGAAGGGAGUGUGCUACCUGGUGCUGUGUGAAGCUAGCUUUCCCAAGAAGCUGGCCUUUGCUUACCUCGAAGACCUGCAGGCAGAGUUUCAUGAGCAGCAUGGAAAGAAAGUCCCCACAGUCUCCCGGCCCUACUCCUUCAUUGAAUUUGAUACCUACAUCCAAAAAACCAAGAAGUCGUACAUUGACAGCCGAGCGAGAAGGAAUUUGGGCAGCAUCAACACAGAGCUCCAGGACGUACAGAGGAUCAUGGUGGCUAACAUAGAGGAGGUGCUGCAGCGAGGAGAGGCUCUCUCUGCGCUGGACUCCAAGGCCAGCAACUUGUCCAGCCUGUCAAAGAAGUACAGGAGCGACGCCAAGUAUCUGAAUACCCGCUCCACCUAUGCCAAGCUGGCAGCCGGUGGCGUCUUUUUCAUCAUGCUCAUUGUCUAUGUACGCUUUUGGUGGCUCUGAGAGAGGAAAAAGGGAAGAAGGAGGAGGAGAAGGAGGUGCUGAAGUGGAAAAUGAGCUGCACAGAGUCUGCAGACACUACGAGAAGCUGUCACCUUUGACUAAAAACAGGAUCCCUGCUCUUAAUAAGACUUUGCAGACAUACCACCGCCCAUUUUGUUCUCGCCUGUCCAUGGAUGUGUGAUCUGAAUAUAAAUGAUGUCAUAAUACAUAGUUUUAUUAUUAACAGUUGUACCGUAAUGCGCUAGUAGUUGCCCUGGAGAUAGGUUAAGAGGAUGUGAGUGAAUGUGUGUAUGUGCGAAUGUGUGUGUUCGGGGGGUGGGGGGUGAUUGCUCUGUUUUUGUGGGUGAUUGGUUUUGAAGUGUGGAGAGAAAAUGAAGAGUUUCCAAAGCUGUACUGUACUUUACUGUAACAGGACUGAUUUAAUCUUGCAUACUGUCUAAUAAUACAGGAGAGAGCAAAAAAACACACACCUGUAUUUAUCCUGAGCACAUUAUAUGGGUAUCCACGUUCAUUAACAUAUAAUCACAGUAGUGAUACAACAACAUACAGUAUGCAGUUAGACAUAUUUCAAAAACAUGGCAUUGAUUCUUUUAGUUAAAUCGGUUUAGCAGGAAAAUAGGAAAAAUAAUUUAAGAUGGCUUUUUUAAAAUAAUAUUGUACACCUUGCAAAAUGCUAUUUCACCUGUGUCUAAUUAUUUUCCCCAUUAUGGGACGUCAGUGAUCCUAUAAAGGACUGUACAAAAAUUAUUAGGGAGUCAUAAAAGGGGAGGGUGAUGUUUUUUUGUUUGUUUUAUUAUUUCUAUUUUUAUUUUAUUUUUUUGCUGAAAAGGAGAUCAGGGGAUGCGUCGUGUAAUUUUACUCACCCCAAAUAUAUUUUUCGGCCUUCUCUUGCAAAGUGAUUUAUCAUGUUUUUUUUAAAGGGUCAAAUAGUCCCAUCAAUGUUGUCAACAUUUUUUAAGUGUGCACAGUGGCUCAUAAAGGUGCCCUUUAUCACAUGAAGAGGACAACAAUCCUGUCACAGUUUAAUUUUCUGUUUUGUCCCAUCACAGUCGACUAGCUAAUAAGAUCAAUACAUCGAUGAGGAGAAACAGAAGAUGGAUAUUUAUAAUUUAAGUAUCAUACUGAUUUAAUUAUCUCUAUUAGCAUGUAUCAUAUAAGGUUAGUUUUUGUUAUAAUUCAUGUUAAGCCUUUUAGUUAGUAUCUCUUUGUUCUUAAAUAAAAAGUGGCUGGCAUAUUUACAGGAAGGGCCCCAAAGAAAGUAUUAAUGAUGCUGGAGAGGGCCUUGCUUUAACCCUUUGUAACCUGAGCAAAUUGGCUUGGUUUAUUCUAAAAACACGGGAAGAAAGCAAAUGAACAACGAAAGAAGAAAUGACCCAAAAAAAAUUGCAAGAAAUUAGUGAAAAAAAUUAAAAUUAAAAACAAGAAAACUAGUAAAAAAAAAAAAAAAAGACAAGGAAAUGACCUUUAAAAAAGCUUAAAAAUUAGAAUAAUUCUGACAUAAUUUUAAUGAUAUAAUAAUUAUAAAUAUGGGUUUCCCCUAGCUUCUCUUAAUUUUCUAAAUUUAUUAUUUUUUUGCAAUGUGUGGAACAUUUCUUGCCAAGUUGCUCAUUGCCUUUUUUCCCCAUGUUUUUGAAAGAAAUCACGCCAAUUUGCUCAAAGUUCAAAGGUUUAAAUACUUGCAAAAGGCGCCUGAAUGCCACACAAGAAAACUGCUGUUCCUCCACAUUUCAAAAGGUUCAUUUAAAAAAAAAAAAAAAAGUGAAACUGCAGAAUAAUUUUCGUACAGUCCCUAACCUGACCUCAAUAGUGUACCCUGCUCUCCUGCACCUUGACUGUGUGGACCAGCACCUUCUGUAAGCAGGCAUUUGAAAAAAGAAAAGAAAAAUAAUAUGUCUGUUUCUGUUUGGGUCCUUUUUAUUUUGUACAAAGUUUACACGUAUAGACUUGAUUGCAAAGUGGAUUCACGCUGAGAGCUGCAAGUGCUUACGGCUGGAAAGGACACCCUCUCUUUUUCUGUUUUGUCUGCAAUCUAUAAAUAAAAUCAUUUGCACAAAA